CGGUUGCGGUGAGCGGGGCGGGGCGGUGCGACCCCGGCGGGGGGAGGGACACGCGUGGGCACGGCGGUGGGAGCCGGCUCCGGACCGCAGAGACAGUGCCCCGCCCGGCCCGUGCGCGGCAGCUUGUGCAGAGCUUGCAGGAAUUGGGGCCGGGAUUGAGGAAGCCCGGCGGGGCUCGUGCCCGCAGCGAUGCGCGUCCCCGUGCGGCCGGCCAGGCCGAGCCCUUUGUAGGAGUCGCACAGCAGCGCCUGGCUGUUUGCUGUCGCCAAACCCAAUGGAGCCAACGCUGCCCCGCGGCACUCGGCUGAGCCCGGUGCAGCAGCGCUAGUGGGACGCACGGCGGGAGGAGCGGGCGCUGCCGGCGGGAGGAUGGCUCAGGCCGCUGGGAGCAUCAACACCGACUACAGGGACUGGGAGUGGAGCGACGAUGCCGGGGAACGGGCCCGGCUCCUGCAGAGCCCCAGCGUGGAAGCGGUGCCGAAGAGCGAGGAGAGCCCAGGGAACGGCGCCGGGGCCACGUCGGCGCUGGGCGCGGUGUUCAUCGUGGUGAAUGCUGCUCUCGGGGCCGGGCUGCUCAACUUCCCGGCUGCCUUCAACAUGGCUGGUGGUGUAGCUGCGGGCAUUGCCCUGCAGAUGUGCAUGCUGAUCUUCAUCAUCGGAGGGCUGGUCAUCCUGGCGUACUGCUCGCAGGCCAGCAAUGAACGCACCUACCAAGAGGUGGUGUGGGCUGUGUGUGGGAAGGUGCCAGGUGUGCUGUGCGAGGUGGCCAUCGCCGUUUAUACCUUUGGCACCUGCAUUGCUUUCCUCAUCAUCAUCGGAGACCAAGAGGACAAGAUCAUUGCUGCUCUGGUGACGGAGCCUGAGGAAGCAGGGAGCAGCCGCUGGUACACGGACCGCAAGUUCACCAUCAGCAUCACCGCCUUCCUCCUCAUCCUCCCCCUCUCCAUCCCCAAAGAGAUUGGCUUCCAGAAAUACGCCAGCUCUCUGAGUGUGAUUGGCACGUGGUAUGUCACCGCAGUCAUCAUCAUCAAGUACAUCUGGCCUGACAAGGAGCUCGUGCCCGUGGAGAUCCCUACCAGCCCCUCCACCUGGAUGGCCGUGUUCAACGCCAUGCCCACCAUCUGCUUUGGAUUCCAGUGCCAUGUUAGCAGCGUGCCCGUCUUUAACAGCAUGAAGCAGCCAGAGGUGAAGACGUGGGGAGCAGUGGUGACAGCAGCCAUGGUGAUCGCUCUCUUUGUCUAUACUGGCACUGGUGUCUGUGGCUUCCUGACCUUUGGAGCCAGUGUGGACCAGGAUGUGUUGCUUUCCUACCCCUCCAAUGACAUCCCUGUUGCCCUCGCUCGGGCUUUCAUCAUCCUGUGCGUGCUGACGUCCUACCCCAUCCUGCACUUCUGUGGCCGGGCUGUUCUGGAAGGUCUCUGGCUCCGCUACACCGGAGUGACAGUGGAGGAGGACGUGGUUCGGGAGCGGAGGAGACGCCUGCUGCAGACCAUUAGCUGGUUCCUCCUGACUCUCCUCCUGGCUCUCUUCAUCCCUGACAUUGGCAAAGUCAUCUCUGUCAUUGGAGGCUUGGCCGCCUGCUUCAUCUUUGUCUUCCCAGGGCUCUGCCUGAUUCAAGCUAAACUCUCUGAGAUCCAAGAAACCAGAACAGUCAGCUGGUGGGCCCAGGUCGGCUACGGGGUAUUCAUGGUCACCCUUGGAGCCUUCAUCUUCGGACAGACCACUGCCAACGCCAUCUUCGUGGAUCUGGCAGCCUGAGCCUCCUCCAGGCAGGACCCAGAAGUAGAUUUUCCAUCAGACUGAGGGGGGGUGGGGAGAAAACAUUUUAGUAUAUUGGGAAUGUCCAAGAGGAGUGUUGAAACGCAGGGCUUCGCUGGAAGAGCCCUGCAAGGACUUGUGUCGUGUUGUCUUAACACACCAGGCAGCCAGGCUUGCCUUCUCAGUCAUGACUCCCUGGUGACGGAGGAGAACCCUACUCACUCCGUGCUGACAUCCAGGUCAAAUUCUUUCUGCCCCUCUGGGGUAGGCUUCACUAAGGGAUCCCAUAUGGGUUUGCACAGGAAAGCUCACUGCUUCCCUUAGUGACAGGGGAACUUCUUUCCAGCACUUUCACAGCUUAAAGUCGCAGUGUUGGAGGGAGGCAGUGUGUCUUGUUUAAAGGGAACUAGGGACUAUGCUUUACUUUAUAGUGUGCUGCGAUCAGGGCAUAAAACAAAUGGAAAUGGAAAGGGAGAAAGCAAAGGGAGCUCUGCCUCACUGAGCAGCGCUGGGGCGAUGGGUCCCAGCUGAUUCCCAUCACCUCAAAGUGAGUGAGUUUUACUGUGCAUGAGCACAGCAAUUCCUCCACCACCUUAAACCCAUUAACUUAGACAGAGUGACAUCCCCACGGUCCUAUUCUUUGUCGGUGUUUGGUUUUAAGUUUUCCCGUGGCUCAUCCUGCCAGCCUGCUGUUCUAUCCCAGUGCUAGCAGGUGUUUCCUCUCCCAUUUUCCUCUGACCAGGCUGCACUUGCUGCUAGGAAGUGGGAAUGUCGCAUUGAGCCUCAUUUUAACACUGAGCCUGAUUUUAAUGUGCCAUUUGUCAAGGAGGGGGAUUGGGAGGACCGCAGGAGCAAAGUUUACAUUGCCAGCCCCAGCCCUGGGGCUGGUGGACUCACUGGAGAAGGUGCUGUGAACUGCAUCUGCCUACUGGAAACACUACGCUAGAACCAAGCUCUUAAUUUCAUAUCCUGUUCUCCUGGGCUGCAUGGUCGAGGAGUGGGACAGCUUUAGGUUUUAAGGGACGCUCUGAGGAUAAAGCAGUCAGUAUUAAUCCCAUUCAUACUGUGCCCAUGCUUAUUGGUGCUGUGGCUGGUGCUGCUCUUGGAUGUUCCUCCUUAGCCUUUCCCAAUAGUUUCUUUUCUGUUUCUUGGUUGUUUCUUUGGGUAUAGGGGUUCCCACAGCUGCAGGUGAGGCUUGGAGCAGUUAAAUCCCAGCAGCCCACUGCUCUUGUUGAGACUUGAAGGUCCCAUGAUCUUUGGCUUCUAAAUCCCUCGGCAGGGAGAGAGAUCGGUCUGGUCUCAGAGCAGUGCUUGGCAGACAUGGGACGUGUCCCAGCCUGUGACGGUGGGAAGAUGAACAGUGACACGUUGAUGCAGUACUUGCCAUGUUCCUUUCCUUCUGUGACCAACCAGCGGUGGGUGGGAGAGCAGCCUGCAGGUACAGCUUGUUGGUGGCAUUCAUCCUCUCCCUGCACUGCUGUAUGUGGGUGUGCUCUGACAAAAGGUGGCUUCAGCCUGGCUCUCACAUACCACAGCUCCCAGGUAGUGCUGGCACAGCUCUGGAAAAGGCUUUUCACCUUUGCUCUGUCAUUUCAAUACUCCCCACCUUCCCCCCAUCUCUCUGAGGUGAGCUGGGGAAAUCCAGACAGAGAAUGAGCAGGAAAUCCCAAAUAAAUAGUUUUGGGGGACUGUGUGAAGUAUUGUGUCCCUCCAGUCUCCUCCAGGGUAGCUCCAGCCUCUGCGCCUUCUGCUUUUCACAUGCAAAGGCUCCAACAAACCUGUUUGCGUCAGUUGCAGUCAGUGUGUUGGGCUCUCCAGAAACCAGGCCGUGUUUCAGGGCAUGCAGUGUAUGCCUGCAUACAGCGUGCUUUCCCACAACAACAAGAGAUGGAAGGAGCCAGAGCUUGGGGUUAACGGGUUAUGUCUCAACGCAGUCCACCCACGUUUCACAUGGGAGCAUAGACAUCACAUUUUCUUUUUUCUUUCUUUGCCCUUUCCCCCCCAUUCCUCCUUUCCCUUUCCCUUCCUUCCUUCACUCCUUCCUUCCUUCCUUCACUCCUUCCUUCCUUCCUUCCUUCACUCCUUCCUUCACUCCUUCCCUUCCUCCCCCGCUUCUUUCUUUCUUGCUUUCAUGAUUUUCCAUUUCUCUCUCCCUUUUCCCCUAUCCUGCUCACUUGCUUUGUCCCUUUUCUUUCCUUUUUUCCUUUCCUUUCUCCCCAUCCCCUUCCAAAACAAGCAGAGAUCCAUGGAUAAGCACCUUGGAUAUCACCACUGGGUUCACAGCACCUCUAGCAUGAUUCUGAGCAGUAAGAAGAGCCCAGCCACGCACGGCUGGGAUACUUGUGGUGUCUUUUGAGUACAAACCAGGCUCAGCUUAGACUGCACUGGAGCCGGGGCUGCACGAUGUGCGUUGUGUGCUCCCAGGAGUGCAGGCACCCAGAGAUACUGCUCAGUGUAAUGCCUGGACCAGAGCCCUGCACUGUGGGGCUGCUGGGCUCCCUCCCAGCCCUGUGUGUGGAGAUGGGGCUGCAUCGUGCCCUGCCUCUGGGGUUACAUGGCGAUGGGGCUGUUUCUCUGUUUGCCUUAUCACUCCUGUGGCUGUUUACAGACUUUUUAAUGUAUUUUCUUUCAUUUUAAGUGCAAAACAAAACCAACCAAAAAAAAAAAAACAAAACAAAAACGAAAAGCCUGGAUGACCUUGACUCAAUAAAAGUGAACUUGUGGUGCGUACCUCA